UACUCACGUCUGAUAGAUUGUAAUAAUGACCUGUGUUUGCUUUAUGCGCACUUAUGGACAAUGACAAACAAGGCUUUAUAUACUACUGGAGAUGUUAUUUCCUCUGCAGUUGUGUUCCAUAUUAACCUGGUUAGACAUAGUUGGCAGUUCAUCAUGAAGGCUGACUGUUUUCUCAUCAUCACACUAGUAGCUGUAGUAUCAGCUGACUUCUACAACUCCAAAUACGACAGUUUCGAUGUUCAACCCCUGCUGGAGAAUGAUAGAAUUCUCCUUAGUUACACCAAGUGUUUUCUCGACCAGGGGCCUUGUACUCCCGAUGCUAAGGACUUUAAGAAAGUGAUACCAGAAGCCCUCGAGACUACCUGCGGCAAAUGUAGUCCAAAACAGAAGCAGUUAAUCAAAACAGUGAUCAAAGCUGUGAUCAGCCGACACCCUGACGCCUGGGAUCAGCUCACAGAGAAGUAUGACAAAGACAAGAAAUAUAAGGACUCCUUCGAUAAAUUCUUAGCAGAACAAGAUUAACGUAAUGCUAUUGUGUAUUGUAUAGGCGCUUACUAAGUGUAAAUGUAAAUUUAUUUUUGUAUAUAUCAAUAAAUUUAAUUCGGUAUGAAGUUUUUAUAAGUAUGUAAGUUUUUAUGUGUAUGUAUAUAAGAUAACAGUCCAUUAAGUUUACUGUGAAUUAAGUCGACUGAAUAAAGCAUGUGUGUCAUAAAUAUUCUGAUACCUCGAAGUCAUUGGAAAAUAAACACAAAUACUUAAUAAAAAUAACAUAUUAUUUAUGUAAAUAAACUCCAAUUAAAGCUUUGGUAACUGCGUC